GAGUGUUUUUAUGUUUUUUUUCCCCCUACAUUCUUGUUCAGUGCUGUCUGAGGGAUACUUGUAUUUUAAUAAACUCUGAGGGGGAAUUAGACCUGCUGACCUGUGGACCUGUGGGACUCGGCACUGGAUUUACUUAUAUUCUGACCUAGAGAGCCAGAUUUACAGAAAAACACACUAAUGUCGCAGCCCAAACAAACUGCAUCCACCUCUGCAUCGCAGGUCGCCGGUGCCAAGCCUGCAGCACCAGAGACAUCAUCGGGCUCUCCCAGUAAAGCCACUCCCUUGACCUCUCCUACUGGAAAAGCUGGUGCAGCUUCUACUGCUGGUCCAGGUGAUGUGGGACCAGCCAAGGGGAAACAGGAAGGUGUCAAGCCUCAGGACACUGCUCAAGUGAUGCCCAAGAGUGUUCCCACCUCAUCAAAGAAAGCUGAGUCAGUUGAUCCCACAAAGCCUGUAGUAGCAGCUGGAGCAGCCAGUGCAGUUGCUGCUGGUGGAGUAUCUACAUCUGCAUCAGCUGGGAAAGCUGCAGUCGAGGGGAAAAUGGAGGUGAAGUCCAAGGAUGCGCCCAUCGCCUCAACCAAGGCUGUGGCUGCACAGCCUGCAGUUACCAAGGCGUCCGCUGAAGUCAAGCAGAGAUCACAAGAAGCAAAGCCAACAAAAACUCCGGAAAAUCCCAAGAAACCCCUAAGCACAGAUGCCGCUUUGGACAGCCUCUCAGCUGGGUUUGACAGCUCUGCUGCUCAAAGUAAAGAGAAGAAGAAACCAGUAGUGGAGGACAUUGGUGCUGUUGAUGUCCUAUCAGCUACAUUGUCAAAUGUUUCUCCGUCUCCUGCAGACAGUCAGGCCACACAGAAGAAAGCGGAGAGUAAGAAGCCAGCUGUAGGCAGUGUGUCCAAGUCUGAGGCUCCCCCUGCUGACAAGAAAGCCAGGAUGCACAAGGAUGCUGGGCUUGCUGCACCAAAGCCUUCGGGGGAUCAGAAGACCAAGAAGGAAGAGGACACUUCCAUGUCCGCAGAUGCUCUCAGUGCUUUGGAGGACCUACUUCCUUCUGCAGAGCCUGAGCCUGAACCUCCCAAAGUUCAACCAAAGGAUAUCGUCACGGAGGACAAGCUGAAGUCUGAGAAAGGAGUGAGAGUCGGAGAGAGGGAGGACAGUCUUCCACCAGAGUACCGAUUCACAGAAGACAAACUGAAAGAGUAUCCUGUCCCCAAGAAAGAGCCCUCGAUGGAUUCAGGAGAAGCUCUGGACAUUCUGUGUGGGGAUUUUGUUUCCCCCGUCGCUGCCCCUGAACCUCCUAAGCAGGCUAAAAAAGAUGCUCAUGCCCUUGAUGUACUUGCAGAGGAUUUUGUGGCUCCAGCAAAGGCCCCUUCAGUCCAGGCCCCUGUGCUGCCUUCGUCACACGUCCCCCAGCAGAAAGACCCACAGCCUUCCUCCACCAGCACUGCAGCAGGAUCCAAGUCUGUAGAGGACACUUCCAUGUCCGCAGAUGCUCUCAGUGCUUUGGAGGACCUGCUUCCUUCUGCAGAGCCUGAGCCUGAACCUCCCAAAGUUCAACCAAAGGAUAUCGUCACGGAGGACAAGCUGAAGUCUGAGAAAGGAGUGAGAGUCGGAGAGAGGGAGGACAGUCUUCCACCAGAGUACCGAUUCUCAGAAGACAAACUGAAAGAGUAUCCUGUCCCCAAGAAAGAGCCCUCGAUGGAUUCAGGAGAAGCUCUGGACAUUCUGUGUGGGGAUUUUGUUUCCCCCGUCGCUGCCCCUGAACCUCCUAAGCAGGCUAAAAAAGAUGCUCAUGCCCUUGAUGUACUUGCAGAGGAUUUUGUGGCUCCAGCAAAGGCCCCUUCAGUCCAGGCCCCUGUGCUGCCUUCGUCACACGUCCCCCAGCAGGACACUUCCAUGUCCGCAGAUGCUCUCAGUGCUUUGGAGGACCUGCUUCCUUCUGCAGAGCCUGAGCCUGAACCUCCCAAAGUUCAACCAAAGGAUAUUGUCACGGAGGACAAGCUGAAGUCUGAGAAAGGAGUGAGAGUCGGAGAGAGGGAGGACAGUCUUCCACCAGAGUACCGAUUCACAGAAGACAAACUGAAAGAGUAUCCUGUCCCCAAGAAAGAGCCAUCCAUAGAUGACGCUACAGCUCUUGGUCUUCUUUGCUCCGACUUUGAUGCCCCGGCUGCCCCAACUGCCCCUGCUGCCCCGGCUGCUCCAGCCCCAGUUACCAAAGCUACACCAACUGCUGCUGCUCCCAAAGUUACAUCUACAACCACACCUGCAGUUCAGUCUUCAGCAAAAGCUAAAGUUAAAGCUCCCUCAGUAGAGCCAACCCAGAAGACCUCACUGGACUUUGAAGAUGUUGUGACCCCUGGAGUGGCUCCUGUUGUCCAGGCUGCCACUGCACAACCUCCAGCAGCAGAGCGACAGUUGUCUGAAGGCACAGCCAGUGCACUGGAUGCCCUGUCAGACACCCUCACAGAUGAUACCCCAGCUCCUGCGCCCACCCCUGUGCCUGCCAAAAACAUCGUCAAGGAGAAAACUGCUAUUGAAGAGAAGGCUGUAAAGACAGGAGAGAGAGACGACAGCCUCCCACCUGAGUAUCGGCCUUCAGAGAAAGAUGCCCUGGCAAAGAAGGAUGUAAAACAUGUCGCUCCGAAACAGCCAUCCUUGGAUGAUGCUACGGCUCUUGGUCUUCUUUCCUCCGACUUUGAUGCCCCAACUGCCCCUGCUGCUCCGGCUGCUUCAGCCCUAGUUACCAAAGCUACACCAACUGCUGCUGCUCCCAAAGUUACAUCUACAACCACACCUGCAGUUCAGUCUUCAGAAAAAGCUAAAGUUAAAGCUCCCUCAGUAGAGCCAACCCAGAAGGCAACAGAUGCUGUAAUGGAUGCCUUAUCAAGCACCCUGUUGCCCGAUAACCCCGCAUUCAAGUCCAAAGCAGUUCCCACAGAUGAGAAGGCGCAGGCCACAAGUAGCAGCUCAAAGAGUAAACCUAAGAAACCGAAAGUUAGUGACAGCCCAGCCCCUGAUGAUCUGAGCGCACAGUCACACUCAGAUGUUGUAGCUUCACCGGCCACUAAAAAAGGCAGUAAAAGUUAAGUCUCUGAGGUUGUGAUAAAUGCUUCCUGAUCCCAAAUGCCUUUUUGCUGGAUCCAAAGUCACAUCGAUAUGGAAUACUGCUUACAUGGUUCUGUAGAAGGUGAAAAAUAAUUCUCAAAUAAAUGAUUAGGCAACUGUUUUCUUGCUUGUUACUAAAGAAUGCAUGUACUUAGCACCCCACUGCCUUAUACAUUUUUAUAGUAAUAAUAAACUGGGAGUCUCUUUAUGGUUCUUUAUAAAUAAUAUAUAUAUAUAUUAAAAUGGCUGAGAUGUAACGUGUAUAGUCGGUUCAGUAUGUACUGAGUAAAAUUAAAUCAUUUCCUGAAUAAAAUUAACAAAAUGAGUGAACCUACACAGGUAAUAAUUGAGAUGUUCUGCACAAGGGUUUGGUGCACAUCACAGAAGCAUUGUGGGUAGUGUGUAUGUUAUUGAAAGUGUAACGUGAAUGUGAACAGAAUGUUUCGGGUUUCGGUGGAUAAUGUCUUUUAUCUUGAUGGGUGGUGGAAUAUUUGUUUUGUACUUAUACAAUAUGACACUAUUGUACAGCUCAGUGUGUUCUGGUAUAGUUUACAACACAAAUGGCCUUAAACGAAAUUACCUGAUUUGUUUUUAUUUUGAUCAUGUUUAAUUUACAUUUCUGUUACACAACAUUUUAAUAUGGGGGUUUGUCUCAAAAAUAGACUGAGACAGAAUAGUGAGCUGUCCCAUUACUUUUCAAGCACCCCAUCUAUAUAUCUUGUUAAUAAUACUUUCAGGGAUUGUUUACAUAAAUUGUGCCUAAACAAAUCUAUGCUUUGGGUUCUGAAGGGAACCGAAUCUGCUCCCUCUGGGCAAGUACACAAACACUUCAGUGGGGAUAGCACUGUACAUCAAAGUUGUAAUACUUAUUUCCUCUGCCUGCUCCUGUUGUACUGAAUAUAUAUUUCACUGUAGUAGAGACUUGAAUUAAAUACAAAUAAAAUAUGGUGUAAGAACA